GGGAGGUUCGGAGCGCUUUGCGGUGCGGCGGGAGCGGGCGCCAUGGGAGAGCGCGAGCUGGGCCUGGGCGGGGCGGAGGACAACUUCCACGACCGGUUCGCGGCCGAGCUGGAGGUGCUGGCCGAGCUGGAAGGGUUGGCGGCCGGGUCACCCCGCAGGGAGCGCUGGGCCGCGGCGGGCCGGGCCGGGCUGACGCCGGAGGACGCCGAGGCCGGAGGGGCCGCCGCCCGCCGCCCCGCAGGUGGACGCCCGGGGAGCCGCGGCGGCGCGGGGAGGAGGCGGCUGGCGGCGCCCUCGCCCGGGGACGCGGCUCUGCCCCCCACCCCCAGGGUCAAGCGGCCGCGGCUGCAGGUCGUCAGGGAGCUGAACUUCAGGCCGGAGGAGCCAGAGGAGCAGGAGGAGCCGCCGGGUCCUGACUCCCCCGCCGGGGACAUCACCCCCCCGCAGAGCCCCGAGGUCCCCCCUGAGCUGUGGCCCGAGGGGCCCUCGGACACUGCUGCUGACUGCGGCCUCCUGUGGGCCCCCCGGGCGGCCCAAAAUCCUGUCCUGAGGCGGCCCCCUGUCCUGGAGGACUACGUCAGCGUGACCUCCACGGCGGGCUCCCGGGCCUUUCUGGUUCUGCGCGCGGACCCCGUGGGCACGGGGGUGCAGACACUUUUCCGUGACACCUGGUGGCGAGGCCAGGGCCGGCUGGAUCUGUUGGGUGUGUCUUUUGCGUCCCUGAAGGAUCAGGUCGACAGUGAGCGGAGGCAGCAGCUGCUGCAGGAGGCCCAUCAGCUCUCGGAUACACUUCGCAGCCUCAGGUCGGAGGAGGUGGAGGAAGAGGUCCAGCUCCUGGGGGCCCCUGAGGAAGAGCUGGCCAACAGCCCGGAUGGCUCCCAGCACUGCCUCUGGGUGGACGAGUUCGCACCCCAGUACUACACGGAGCUGCUCAGUGAUGACUUCACUAACCGUUGCCUCCUCAAGUGGCUAAAACUGUGGGACCCAGUGGUGUUCGGCCGAGAGAGGCCUGCUAGGAAGCCAAGGCCCAGCAUGGACCUGACCCGAGGUGGCAAGGAGGCCACAACCUCUAGCAAAUGGAAGAGCCACGAGCAGGUGCUGGAGGACAUGCUAGAGGCUGACCUGGACCCGAGCCGGCGGCCCCGACAGAAGGUGGCGCUGCUGUGUGGGCCCCCGGGGCUUGGCAAGACCACCCUGGCUCACGUGAUUGCACGGCACGCUGGGUACAGCGUGGUGGAGAUGAACGCAAGUGAUGACCGCAGCCCUGAGGCCUUCCGCACGUGCAUCGAGGCGGCCACGCAGAUGGAGUCAGUGCUGGGUGCUGGUGGGAAGCCCAACUGUCUGGUCAUAGAUGAGAUCGACGGAGCGCCCGUGGCUGCCAUCAACGUUCUUCUGAACAUUCUGGACCACAAGGGCCCACAGGAUGCGGAGUCAGGGGGUCCAGGUGUUCCCACUAGUGGGGGACGGCGGCACCGGGCCGACGGGGGGCUCCUGAUGAGGCCCAUCAUCUGCAUCUGCAAUGACCAGUUUGUGCCGUCCCUGAGACAGCUGAGACAGCAGGCCUUCCUGCUCCAUUUCCCACCCAUACUGUCCUCGAGACUCACGCAGCGGCUGCAGGAGAUCUCCCUACGGCAGGGCAUGCAGGCUGACCCGGGUGCGCUGGCAGCUCUGUGUGAGAAGACCGACAACGAUAUCCGUGCCUGCAUCAACACGCUGCAGUUCCUUCAUGGGCGGGGCCGGCGGGAGCUGAGUGUGCGGGCCGUGCAGACUACGCGGGUCGGGCUCAAGGACCAGCGCAAGGGGCUUUUCUCCGUGUGGCAGGAGAUCUUCCAGCUGCCCCGGGCCCAGAGGCAGCGCUGGGCCCAGGACCCCUCCUCUGCCCCACACAUGCUCCUGCUCGGCGAUGGGCACUUGGGCCUGGGGCCCCGUGCUGCCGAGGCGCCUCUGACCACGGCUGCGCAGCGCCUCCACCGCAUCCUGCACGUGGCUGGGUCCGCAGGCGAGCACGAGAAGGUGGUGCAGGGCCUUUUUGACAACUUUCUGCGCCUGCGGCUGCGGGAUUCCAGCCUGGGGACCGUGUGCACGGCCCUCGACUGGCUGGCCUUUGAUGACCUGCUGACCUGCACCGCCCACCACGGCCAGAGCUUCCAGCUGCUGCGCUACCUGCCCUUCCUGCCAGCAGCCUUCCACCUGCUCUUUGCCUCUAGCCACGUGCCGAGGAUUGCGUUCCCUAGCAGCCAGCAGGAGGCCCAGAGCCGGACGAGCCGGACACAGAACCUCAUCCACACACUUGUGGCGGGCAUUGCACCUGCCACCCGUAGCCGGGCCGCGCCUCAGGCUCUCGUCCUGGAUGCCCUCUGCCUGAUUCUGGACAUCCUUGCGCCCAAGCUGCGCCCUGUGAGCACGCAGCUGUACAGCACUCGUGAGAAGCAGCAGCUGGCCAGCCUCGUGGGCACCAUGCUUGCCUACAGCCUAACCUACCGCCAGGAGCGCCUGCCCGACGGGCAGUACAUCUACAGGCUCGAGCCGAACGUGGAGGAGGUUUGUCGCUUUCCUGAGCUGCCCACCCGCAAACCCCUCACCUACCAGGCUAAGCAGCUCAUUGCCCAUGAGAUUGAAAUGGAGAAAAUGCGGCGGGCAGAGGCCUUGGCCCGGGUUGGGGAUGGCCCGCAGGUGGACAGGGCCCCCCCAGGGGCCAGGGCUCCACUGGGCGGUGCUGGGGAGAAAGAGGCACAGCCACCCACCACACACAGCCAAGAGGAGCAGUGGCUGGAGCAGCAGCUGGAGCGCAUCCUGAAGAAAGCGGCUCUGGAGGAACAGCCCGAGAGGGAUUUCUUCGGUCGUGUGGUCACGAAGAGAGCGGCCCCCCUGAGUGCAGGAGCUGUGGCCCCCGAGACAGACGUGGCUGAGCGGCGCAUAGGCAGAGCAGUGGGCAGGAGUGACGUCUGGUUUCGCUUCAAGGAGGGCGUCUCCAAUGCUGUGCGGCGCAGAGUGCCCAUCAGGGACCUGCUAUAGCCGGGGCUGCACCGAGCUCCUUAAGGCCUGCUGUACGGCCCGGGUCUACACCCAGCUCCGUGACGCCUGCUGGACAGCCGGGGGCCCAUGCUGGACACCUUAGCCCGUGCAGGGGGCUGCAGAUCCACAUGAGAUGCCCCAGGGCCCACACCAAAUGCUGUGUUGCUUUUUCUCCACCAGAAGAUGUAUAAAAUCACGAACACUCUCAAAAAGUCUUUCUAAAAGUCA